GCGACCCCUCUCUCCUGAUAUUUUAUUUACUCCCGAAACCCAAGAUGGCUCCUGUGAAUGUCUCGGUCCCAUAGCAGAUUGAGGAUGCGAGGAGCUGCCGAAAAAACUACUUUUCCGCCACCGUCGCAUCCCCUGGAUUAGAGGUCGCAUGGUGCGGAGGAGGCCCUGAGCCGUGAGUAGGCACCGAGCAGCCGGCGGAGCUCCGUCUUCAAUCCACCAAUUCGGAGUAGUUUCGCGAAGUAGCUCGUCUCCUCGCUGUCGCUGUCUGUCCGGAGCGAGGUUCAGGCAGGCGGCUCAUCCAAAUGGCCGAACCGAGAAAAGUGCAAUUUGUCACCCUCUCGGCCUUCGCAGCCGGGGCAGCCGCGGAGUCCAGGAAGCGACGGCUGGAGGAUGGGGCCGACGUCAGCUUCGGCAGAGCCGGGGAGGUCGAGGCGGCGACCGGGGCAGGAGGUGGAGGUGGCGGCGGCGCUGCCAGCAGCAACGGUCGCCUCGGCAAGACCGACGGCGACGACAUGGACAAGGCAGGAGGAGCCGAGAGCCGGACGACGAUGCGACUCAACCUGCCGCUGUCCGAGCCCGACGACCGCUCCUCCGUCGAGUUUAAUUACGGAGAACUCAUCCAGAACCUGCAGGCAAAGAAGAAACCUCCGACAGUGACCUCAGUCCAAAAUCCUAACGACCCCUUCAACGACGACGAGAAAGAGCAGCUCCAGGUGGAGGCAAUGGCGAAAAAGUUUGAAAACAAAUAUGGUAAUAUAGGGAAGAAGAAGAAGGACAGAAUGCAAGAUUUGAUCGAUAUAGGCUUUGGCUACGACGAGACAGACCCUUUCAUCGACAACUCAGAAGCUUAUGAUGAGCUGGUGCCGGCCUCCCUGACCACAAAGCUGGGGGGAUUUUACAUCAACACUGGCACGCUUCAGUUCAGAGCUGCAUCUGAGUCAGAGGGCGAGGAGGACAAGAAACCAAAUGACAACAAGGAACAGGUGAUUAAGAAGAGAAAAAAGAAAGAAGUUAACAAUCUGGAAGAGAAGAACCUGAAAAAGAACAGAGUACCCAAACAAGGGGUGACGACUCUCAACCUCCAUCGACCGGAGAAAAAGAAGAGGAAGAAGCUGAUGAAGGACUCGCUGUAUCUGGCAGCCAUGCUCCGCCGCUUCACCCGGGAGAAGGAGGAGAUGAAGAAAAGAAACCCCACCAUGGUUCACCCUAGUCUGGCAAGAGGCUUGGCUAACAAACCACACUCUGCCAACUCUACGAACCACCUGUUAGCCUCUAACUCUGCCCACCCGCAGGGCAAUGCAGCCAGCAACGACCUCUCACUGACAGACCUCACCUCAGACCCUGCUGUGAUGUCACUGCUGGGCUCAGCCAACGAGAAGGAGUUGCAGGAUCUCCUAGGCGACUUGGACUUCAGCUUGUCGGACUCUGAUCAGCAGCACGCAAUGGUGGCGGCCAGGGAGAAUGGCAUUCUGGGAGUUGGUGUUCCGGGUCAUAAAACAACAACAACAGGAGGAGGGGGACAAGGGCGCAGCCUAGGAUCCUCCAGCGGACUUUUUUCUCCGCCCCCGCUUCCUGACGGACUGCCUGCUCCUCUUAUUAAACGCAUCGAGGACCUGCGGGCGGCCUCGAGGCAGUUUGAUCAGGAGGGCAGGAAGAAAUUUUUCACCCUGGACAUGAAUAACAUUCUCCUGGAUAUCGAGCUGCAGGUCCAGGAGCAGCCUCGCGAGGCGCGUUCAGACAUCUACUCGCACAUGGAGGCAUUUGUGCCGUGCAACAAAGAAGCCCUCCUCAAACGGCUGAAGAAGCUCAGCCUCAACAUCCAGGAUGACCGAGUACGGGCGCCACUGUUGAAGCUGAAGCUGGCGGUGUGCAGUGUGAUGCCAGAGCAGAUAGCGAAAUACAACAUGGACUGCAUGGCCAAGGUUGCAAAGCAGCAGUCAGAGGAGGGAGAGAAGAACGGCUCCGAGGAGGAGGAUGAGGAGAAACCUGGGAAAAGGGUGAUGGGCCCGAGGAAGAAGUUUGUCUGGGAUGACAAACUCAGGAACCUACUGUGCAGCCUGGUGCGAGUGAAGCUGAGCUGCUAUGACAUGGAGAACCAGUGCUCUCUGUCUGUGGAGGAGUACCUCAAGGCCUUCUUAGAGAAUGAGGUCAAACCACUAUGGCCCAAGGGUUGGAUGCAGACCAGGAUUUUAUUUAAGGAGAGUCUGGCUGUUCACAGUCACCUCACUGGAAACCUUGUCAAAAGGAGAAUGGUGCCUGGGCCCAAGGCCAAAGCCAAGGAGGGUCUCUGGAUCCACAAACCACCUUUCACCAUGAUGUCCACACCGUCUCUGUCCACCUCCACAUCUGCUUUGAACUCCAACCGCCAGCCCCUCUCCUCCUCGCCCUCGGAGCCCAUCUGUCUGUCGGACUCCCUGGAUGAGGAUCUGACCGCUCCCUCUCUGGACUCCAUCUCCCACGCUCUGGCCCUCCUCAGCAAUGCGUCCAAGGGCCUUGGGCCCUCAGACAGCCCCUUGUCGCCCCCACCCCUGCAAAUCCCCACCACCUCUCCUCCUCCCGUCACCCCUCACUACCCUGCAGCGUCUCAGCUCUCUGCCUCGGUCACAUCCACGACUCAGCAUCAUUCCCUGUCUAAGGUGGAAGCCGCUCCACUGGCAGCUGGGUCUGCUGGGAAUUUGCCAAUAACAAUAACAAUGCUACCAAGCUCCUCUUCUACCUCCUCUUCCUCGUCUUCAGCUGUUUCCUCCAUGGCUCGGUUGCAGGCUACAGGCCUGUCAUUGGCCCCCAGGACUACAGAUGCAGCCUAUGGUAUGAUCAAAGGAUCCGCCAUCGUGAGUCAAACCCAGAAUCAGAGACACGUUACCUUGGUAUCACCCAGUCACAGAACAAGCUCAAUGAUUGGUGGGAGUAGCAAAAUGCACCUACACCCCUCCCCAUCACCUCAGAGGCAACGGCCUCCGCCCACAGCUUCCCCUCUGCUGCCCCCCCAUCAGAAGGGCUUCGUUAGCCCUGCGGGGAUACUGGGAACUAUGGGAACUCUUCAAGGACUGGCUAAGAGCAGUGCCAAAGCCGGUAGCAUCAGCAGCAACGGCAGCGCCGUGAGCAGCAGCAUCACACCUUCUUCCUCCCCCUCAUCCCAGUCCCGCUCCAACUCUACCUCCCACCCCAGUCUGCAGUCCUUCUGCCCCACCUCCUCAGUGGUGUCCUCGCCAUCCCCCAUCUCCCAUACCUCACACUCCUCUCAAGCUAAAUCUCACACACACCACCACCACCAGUCCAACUUCAUCACGCCCAUGCAGGCCACCCUCACAAAGUCCUCCCACAGCAGCAACUCCUCUUCCAUCAUCAAGCUCACCCCUCGGCCUCCUGCACCCACUCCACCUCCCUCCUCCUCCCCUUCCCCUUCAUCCUCGCCCUCGCUCCCUCUUUCCCAUCAGAUAAUCCCCAGUCAACAGCAACACCACCAGUACUCCCCCAAAACCUUCAGGCUGCCCUUCAGCGUGUUGGGCAGUGGGCAGAUGAAGCAGACACAGGGCAGUUGUAGCUUUGUUGGAGGUCAGAAACCUCAGUCCUCCACGAGCAACAGUAGCAUCAUCAACUUCAACAACAAGGGAGUGGUGUCAGUUGUCUGCAGUCACCCGGCCAAAACACCACCGUCUUCUUCACCUUCAGUCUCAGCCAAUCAUGGGCCGAGGCAGAGGGUGGCAGGUGGGGUCAACUCCGGCUCGAAGGCGGGAAACGGCUGGAUGGCUUCAGGAACUUUGGCCUCAUCCUCCACAACGUCACACCUCUCACAGGUAACAACAGCAGGCACCUCCCUCCUCUGCAGCCCCUCCACUCUGCCCAUGGGCUUUGGCAUGUUGGGAGGCCUGGUGCCUGUCUCACUACCCUUCCAGUUCCCCCCCUUGCUCAAUUUCAGCCCUCCUGGAGCCCCAGGGGCUGCUGGCAUGGGCUCGGCCCCCAGCUCCAACUCAGGAUACCCCCUAUCACAGAGCGACCUAAUUGAUCUGUAUAAAAGUCUCCAGUCAGGGUCGCAGGCUGCCUUACCUCCUCACUUGCAGCUUGCUUUCUCAGAUGCGAACCAAAGCCAGGGAGGAGAUGUGAAGAGGAAAUCCCACUGACCAAUAGCAGCACAGUAGACAGACACCAGUGGGGUGACAUCACCACCUCCUGGACACUUCCACCAAUAGAAAUCUUCACUUUGAGUGACAUGAUGAUGUGGUAUGAGGGGGGCGGAGCUCCACUGUCUCUUUUAAAAACGGACCUAUAGGAGAAUCAGUUUAUCCUCGCUACAAGUGGCAAUGAUGAAUUAAUGUAACUGUAUUUUCUAAUGAACCGGGUAUGAGAACAAGACGGAGUGAAUGACGAGAACACUUACCUUUGUUCGGCUUAUUUUUGUUUAAUUUCUUUUGUCGACAUGUUUACAUAUGACAGACCUUGAUCACUGUGGAAUGAGCGUGAGCGAGGUGGUGGCAGUACAGACAAGAGUAGUAGUACGCUACGUAAUAUAAUUUGUAUUUAAGCUUAUGCGGAGUAACAGGACUCUUGUUCUUGCAGUACAAAAAAAAAAAAGAAAAACAGACUGAGUAAUGAAUUUUUAUUUUUCUGUCUUUUGUCUCAGAUGUGGGACUUUGUCGUGUCUGUAGAAAUUUUGUUGGUCACCUCUGCUCCUACAAAUGACUGUUAAGUAGUAGCUUAAAUUAAUAUUGAUAAAUUAUUUGUAAUUUACACAGGGACAACAUGUUAUAGUGUGUGUGUGUGUGUGUGUGCGCUAUAGAGAGAGCUAGCGAGCGAGCAUUGAAGUUGAUUUGAAUGUGUGUGUAUGUACAUAAAAAUACACAAUAUACUGUUAAUUUCUUUCCAGAUAAUUCUGUAUGAAAGGGCAAGGACGUGUAAACCCCCCUUUUCACAAUAACGAGCGAGUGUAUCUGAUGCCCCUCUCUCGCUCAGUGUGUUUUUGGUGCUGUUUAAUCACACUGGACCUUUUCUGGAAAAAAGACUUGAAUUGAAAAAUUUUCGGGCUCCUCUUCUGGAGAGAUGAGCUCCCUGUGAGAGAGGGGGAAACGUCAAGAUUGUAGCCUACUUGAAUUGUUUAAUUUUUUUCUUCUCUUUUUUUUUGUGAUUUAAGAUUUUUCAUUUACUUUCUCUGCUUAUUGACUCAAACCAACUAAAUAUAACACAACGCCUUAGUUUGUAUUGAUAAAGUAUGAAAAAGAUCUAUGCAGGACUGUAAAACGCUCAAUGCAAAAGUGCAAGUUGUCGCUUGGCUUUCAACCUCUACUCAACUUGUCAGCACGUUUUUUUUUUUUUUGUUGUUGAAGUUGUGAAUGUGUGUAGAUGAUCUUGUUGUGACACUUGAGACUCCUUCAUUUCUCACGUGUGUUCAGACGGACUGGGAAGUGAAUUUUAGAAGCGGACUGUUUGCACGCAAGAUCGCGGGAAAGAUGCGAUUAAGUACAAGGUGCAAUUCGGCUUUGUCUGUGUGAAUUAAAUGUUUCUGCUUUAUGCCACAUUGACAUGAUAAUGCUGCUUUAACGCAAUGGCAGCAGUGUUCACGCAUUAUUCCAAUAUUGCCAUGUCUGCGACUUCAUGAGCUCACAAUUCAAGAUGCUGUUUCAUGUAGGGCAGGACAAGGCCUACGAUUAUAUCAAUAUGUGACGAUAAAUGUCACAUCAAACAAAUCUGAGGUCGAUAUGUUAUAUCUCCUCACUGCUUACACAAUGCAUAAGCAUUCUUUUGAUAUAUUGAAUCUAUUGUUUUACGCAGUGUUAAAAUACUGUGCAUUGACAGUAACUAUGUUACUGUAUCAUUAAAUGUGGUUGAGUAAAAAUGGCGAUGUUAAGCGGCCAUAUUUGUUUGUUUUCAGGCUCUUGCAUAUCGGAGCAGACUCGGAUGUAUCAGAGCUUUCAAGGAGAAAAUUUGUUUCACAUUUGUAAUUACAUCUGCGAGUAAUUAAUGUUUUUUACAAGUUGUCACUUGUAAACUCUACCUGAUGUCUGCGGCAUUAGCCAGACUGCUUAGCAUCUUUUUUUAAAAAAUUUUAUAUCUGGUUACACUUAAUAAUGAACUGCUUAAAAUGACGCAAGUAGCUAACUUAAGGUUCAGGGAAAUUUGAGGCUUAAAACUGGAGUAAUGCGUGAACAUGUUUUUCAUGAGCAAAGCCUUUUCGUUGGGCUUUAUAAAAAUACUUUAACAUUCAGAAACAAUAACUAAAAGAGAUAACUGCUAACAGGAACCAGAGUUUGGCAGCUGAUUCAAACGCAGAUCAGCAGAAAUGGCCUCUGCGUAUGUUGGUGACUAGCUUACAGCGAACGUCAUGGCGGCUGCAAAAACAUGCUAACAUUCAAACUCCAAGCAACAAUUCCCCUCGCUGUCGGUCUGAACACCGUGAUGGAGAAACCUUCCUUCUGUUAAAUACCUCCGUUAACAAAACCGUUCUUCCUGAGUCUCUCCUACUUCUUCCUCACCUCCCCCAUGUGUGUUGGACCGACCCGCAGCGCCGAGAACGACGCCAAAGAUUGCUACUGUUGUCUUUUUUUAGAUGGGGUGUUGCUGGUCAGCAUGUGUGAGAGUAUGUAUGUGAGUGUGUGUGUGUGUGAGAGAGUAUGUAUGUAUGUGAGUGUGUGUGUGUGUGUGUGUGUGUGUGUGUGUAUGUGAUUUGACUUUACUCCCCAUAACCGUAAACCCAUGAGUGUCCUAGUGAAGUCGUGACCGGAGCAGUGGGUGACGUCUUCUAAAUUGUGCUUUCUUUGGGGGUGGGGGAGGAUAAAAAUGACAUUUCGUGGUUAACUGGUUAUUAUAAUUUAAUUUGGUCUUUUGUAGAUUAUUUUUGUGUGUCAAUUAUGAAAUUAAACAAAACAGGUGGUUUUCACGACGA